AUGAAACCCACAAAACAGAAAAAACCACAACAAUCAAAAGAAAAACAAACCCAUCUCCAAAAUCCACAUGAACCUACAAAUACCAUAAUCAAAGACCUCCUCUGGUUCUCCCUCAUUAUCACAUUCUUCAAACUUCUCCUCAUCCCAGCCUAUCACAGCACUGAUUUUGAAGUCCACCGUAACUGGCUAGCCCUCACCCACACCCUACCAUUAUCUCAAUGGUACACAGACGAAACAAGUCCAUGGACACUCGAUUACCCUCCAUUCUUUGCUUACUUUGAAUAUCUCCUUUCCCAUUUCGCGUCCCUUGUGGACCCCACAAUCACAAACCUCUACAACGGCCUAAACUACAAAUCCCCUUCAGUCAUCAUCUUCCAAAGACUCACAGUAAUCGCCUCUGAUUCAAUCUUAAUCUAUUCCAUUUACAAAUUAACCAAAACCUUGAACUCAAAGAAACGCUUCUUGAUCUGGAUUUCAGUCAUUUCAUCACCCGGGUUAUUGAUUGUUGACCAUAUCCAUUUCCAAUACAACGGGUUUCUUCUAGGGCUUUUAAUGGCCUCUUUAGGUGCACUUCAAAAUGGGCAUGACUUAACUGGUGGACUCAUUUUCGCGAUUCUGCUAUGUUUCAAACAUUUAUUUGCAGUCGCAGGGCCCGUUUAUUUUGUGUAUAUUUUGCGACACUACUGUCGCGGAGGCUUUUUGAGGGGUUUAAGUAAGUUGAUAACAAUGGGAGUAGUAGUGAUUGCGGUUUUUGUAACAGCUUAUGGACCCUUUGCAUAUCAUGGACAAAUACAAGAUGUUUUGAAACGUAUGUUUCCUUUUGGUAGAGGAUUAUGCCAUGCAUAUUGGGCUCCAAAUUUUUGGGUGUUCUAUAUACUCUCAGAUAAGCUUCUUGCUUUUGUGUUUACAAAAUUAGGGUUUUAUAUCAAAACACCAACUGCUUCAUUCACUGGUGGACUAGUUGGGGAUUCUUCUCCUUUUGCUAUAUUACCUACAGUUACUCCUUCAGUAACAUUUGGUGUUGUUCUUCUUGCUAUUUUACCUUGUGUUGUUAAGAUUUGGAGGAAUCCUGACCCUAAAAAGAUUGUUAGAUGGGUUGCAUACGCGUACACAUGUGGGUUUUUGUUUGGGUGGCAUGUUCAUGAAAAGGCUUCUCUUCAUUUUUUGAUUCCACUUGCAGUUGUUGCAGUAGAAAGCAUUCAGGAUGCACGACAUUACUUCAUGUUAUCUAUAGGUAACACUUCCAACUAUUACAUUGGCAUUUGGUAUAAGAAGAUCAAAUCCAAUCCUCUUUCCAUAGUUUGGGUAGCAAACAGAGAAACACCCAUCUCUGAUAGAUUCCGUUCAGAACUAAAAACCAUUGAUGGUAAUUUAGUGCUCUUGAAUGAAUCCAAGUCCCAGAUUUGGUCCACAAAUGUCACAACCACCACCACCACCACUUUGAACUCUGCAACAGCUGUUAUUCUUGAUAAUGGUAACUUAGUUUUGAGAGACUCCGGUUCAAAUUCAAUUGAACCUUUUUGGCAAAGUUUUGACCACCCAACUCAUACUUGGUUGCCUGGUGCUAAACUUGGUUAUGAUAAUAGAACAAAACAGAGUCAGAUUAUUAGAUCAUGGAGAAGCAACGAUGAUCCUGCUGUAGGACUAUUCUCAGUGGAGCUUCAUCCGCCAGGUAAAGAGUAUGUAAGCAAGUGGAAUGGCUUCCAACAAUAUUGGACAAGUGGGGCUUGGGAUGGGGAAGCAUUUUAUUUAGUACCGGAAACAAGGUUGGAUUACAAUUACAUAUACAGCUACCAUGAAAAUGUUAACGAGAGUUACUUCAUUUAUUCUGUGCAGUCUGGAUUACCUUUUUGUAAUUGCUUGACUGGAUUCAAUCCUAGAUCAGAGAGUGAUUGGAAUCAGAGUGAUUUCUCCAGUGGGUGUGUGAGAAAAACUGAUUUGCAGUGUGGGAGAAACAUGGAAAAGCAAGAUUUUCUCAAGAUUAGGGUCAAGAAUCUGCCUCCGAAUAACUCUGUAGCAGUUGGGAGUGCUGGAGAAUGUCGUACCACCUGUUUGAAUGAUUGCUUGUGUAAUGCUUACUCUUCUGUGGGUACUCAAUGUUUGGUUUGGGAUGGAGAUCUCUUGAACCUCUCAGAAGACGAUGGUAGUGCCAAUACAAUCUACAUUAAAGUUGCUUCUAAGGAUCUACCUCGUCCUAAAAAGAGUAAUAAUCUGAUUGUUGUUGUUGGGGUGGUGGGAGGUGUGGUUCUUUUCUUGGUUGUAGUUUUGAUUUUAAUCUAUAGAAAAAAGAGGGUAUCAUUAUCGGUGGGAAAGACGACAAUGGAGGGCACGCAACAAUUCCUCAUAAUCGAAGAGCUCAUCAUCUUGAAGGUAGAUUUCAUGUUAUCAAACAUGUGUAGAUCUUGGCAAUUACGGGAAAUGGUGGUUGUGAGAGAGAUGGCUGAUUGA